AUGGCCUUCCGCCGGCGGGCCAAGAGCCACCCGCUCUUCAGCCAGGAGUUCCUCAUCCACAACCACGCCGACAUCGGCUUCUGCCUGGUGCUCAGCGUCCUCAUCGCCCUCAUGUUCGAGGUCACAGCCAAGACUGCCUUCCUGUUCAUCUUACCUCAGUACAAUGUUAGUGUGCCUACAGCAGAUGGGGAGCUGGUCCAGUAUCACUAUGGGCUGAAGGACCUGGUCACCAUCCUCUUCUACAUCUUCAUCGCCAUCAUCCUGCACGCGGUGGUGCAGGAAUACGCCCUGGACAAAAUCAACAGGCGUCUGCACCUUUCCAAGGUCAAGCACAGCAAGUUCAAUGAGUCAGGGCAGCUGGUUGCCUUCCACCUCACCUCUGUCAUCUGGUGCUUGUACGUCGUGGUGACGGAAGGAUACAUUUCAAACCCCCGGAGUCUGUGGGAAAACUACCCGCAUGUUUAUCUGCCGUACCAGGUGAAGUUUUUCUACCUGUGCCAGCUGGCCUACUGGCUGCACGCCCUGCCCGAGCUCUACUUCCAAAAAGUCCGCAAGGAGGAGAUUCCCCGGCAGCUGCGCUGCAUCGCACUCUACCUGCUGCACAUCGCCGGCGCCUACCUGCUCAAUUUAACCCGCCUGGGGCUGAUCCUCUUGCUGUUGCAGUACUUGGCUGAGUUCUUCUUCCACAUGGCGCGGCUGGUUUACUUCACGGACGAGAACAAUGAGAAGCUGUUUAAUGUCUGGGCCGUGGUGUUUGUGGUCACCAGGCUCUUCACCCUCACCUUGUACAUCCUGGUCAUCGGCUUCGGGCUGCCGCGCGUGGAGAGCCAGGCCCUGGACCCUGAGAGAGGGAACUUCUUCAGCUUCCUCUUCAACAAUAUUCUCUUCAGAAUGAGUGUGCUGCUGUUGGUGUGCCUCUUCCAGGCCUCGGUGAUGUGGCGCUUCAUCCACUUCCAGCUGCGGCGCUGGAGGGAGUACUGGAACGAGCAGAGCAGUCGGAAGCGAGCGACCGCCGCCGCCACCGGCACCAGGCAGCAAACCAAGCUGCUCAAGAGGGACUCGGGUUACCAUGAAAACGGAGUGGUGAAAGCAGAGAACGGAACCUCACCCCGCACCAAGAAGCUCAAGUCUCCAUAGAAGCCAAGGGUUGUCUCCUGGGGAGGAGGGCGAGAUACCA